AUGGAUAUUUAUAAUGACCCAAAUCCAGCAGGUUACAGUGGAAACAUCAUGCGCGUGGAAGCAAAAGGAAUUGCAGAUGGUAUAAGUACAUUUAAAUUUCUAGUGUCACUUAUUACGUGGUACAAUAUUCUUUUCGAAAUCAACAUUACAAGCAAAUUACUGCAAAAUAAGAAUGCAGACAUAUUUGUAUGUACGAAACAGCUGGAAGUUACAAAGAAUUAUCUUGUAAGUUGUCGAUCAGAUGAAAACUUCGAAAAGAAUUUAUCAGAUGCUACACUUCUGGCAAACGAACUCGAUAUUGAUGCAAAUUUUCCUAAUGCACCUAGUAGGCGAAGGAAAAUUAAAAAACAGUUUGAUUAUGAAGCCGAAGGUGUAUCAAUACAAGAUCCCAAACAAAACUAUAAAAUAUCAUUCUAUUAUAUGAUUAUAGAUAAUGCAGUAAAUGCAAUACAGGAAAGAUUUAAUCAAAUGCAAGAGUAUUGUGCUUUAUUUGGGUUUCUUUACGAUAUUUUUAACUUAAAGGAUAAAAACGAAGCUGAUAUUCUUAUGCAAUGCAAAAAGUUUGAAAGUGCCUUAACGCAUAAUUCCUGUAAAGACAUUGAUGGAGAAGACUUAUGCUGGGAACUUCAAAGUGUGUCUCGAAGACUUCUAAAAGUAAUGGGCCCAUCUGAAGUUCUCCUUUUCAUUUUAAGGCAUGAUCUCCAGAAUAGCGUUCCUAAUAUUUACGUCGCGUUAAGGAUUUUAUUAACUCUUCCUGUUUCUGUAGCAAGUGGAGAGCGCAGUUUUUCUAGAUUGAAAUUAAUUAAAACGUACUUGCGCUCAACGAUGACUGAAGAACGAUUAGUUGGAUUAGCGACAAUAUCAAUAGAGCAAGAACUGGCUUACAAUCUGGACCUCUGUGAAUUAAUUUCAUUAUUUGCACAAGAGAAAGCACGCAAAGUAGCAUUUUAA